AUGCCUUCCGCCAUCGCCACUGGCGUUCCCCGCCAGAACCCUUCCCUUCGCCGGACUGCCACGUCUACCACCGCGGACCCAGACAUGUCGGCGCCAUCCACCGCCAUUGGCUCUCCGAUUGACUCUCCUAGGCCAUCUGCUUCGUCCACCUCGCUCUCUUCUAUGUCCUCUGCUGAGCCUAACAGCUCCGCUCACGGCAAGCUCAUCGACACGUACGGGAACGAGUUCGAGAUCCCCGACUACACUAUCAAGGACAUUCGUGACGCCAUCCCCAAACACUGCUUCGAGAGGUCCGCGGUUAAGAGUCUGUCCUACGUCUUCCGCGAUAUUUCCUGCCUAGCCACGACGUUCUACCUCUUCCACACCUAUCUGACCCCGGAGAAUGUCCCCUCGACCCCGGUCCGUGCGGUCCUGUGGGGGGUUUACACCGUCAUCCAGGGCCUCUUCGGAACCGGUGUCUGGGUCUUGGCUCACGAGUGCGGCCACCAGGCCUUCAGCCCUUCCAAGGUUCUCAACGAUACUGUCGGUUGGAUCCUGCAUUCUUCCCUUCUCGUGCCGUAUUUCAGCUGGAAAAUUUCGCACGGCAAGCACCACAAGGCGACGGGGCACAUGGAGCGUGACAUGGUCUUCAUCCCCCGGACCCGCGAGCAGCGAGCUAGCCGCCUCGGCAAGUUGGCCCAUGAGCUCGGCGAGCUCGGCGAGGAGACGCCCAUCGUAACCUUCUUGACGCUUAUCGGGCAGCAGCUGUUCGGCUGGCCCAACUACCUCCUGACCAACGUCACUGGGCAUGACUUCCACGAACGCCAGAGCGAAGGUCGCGGUAAGGGGAAGAAGAACGGCUGGUUCACCGGCGUCAACCAUUUCAGCCCCUCAAGCCCGCUUUUCGAGGCCAAGGACGCGAAGUUGAUCGUGCUGAGCGACCUGGGCUUGGCCGUCACCAUCAGCAUCCUCGUGUUUCUUGGUAACAAGUUUGGCUGGAGCAACCUCUUCGUCUGGUACUUCUUGCCGUAUCUCUGGGUCAACCACUGGCUUGUUGCCAUCACUUUCUUGCAGCACACCGACCCAUCCUUACCUCACUAUAAGCCCGAGUCGUGGAGCUACGUACGUGGCGCAGCCGCGACGAUCGAUCGCGAGUUUGGCUUCAUCGGCCGCCAGCUGAUGCAUGGCAUCAUCGAGACCCACGUCCUUCACCACUAUGUGUCGACCAUCCCGUUCUACAACGCCGACGAGGCUAGUGAGGCCAUCAAGAAAGUCAUGGGCCGCCACUACCGAUCAGACACGAAGGGCGGUUCCCUCGGCUUCAUCAAGGCGAUGUGGCGCAGCGCGAGAAUGUGCCACUGGGUCGAGCCUAGCGAGGGUGCCAAGGGCGAAGGCAAGGGUGUCUUGUUUUUCCGGAAUUCCAACGGCCUAGGCACCAAGCCUGCGAAGAUGAGCCCGCCGACGCGAGGGAUGACCAUUGGCGCAGACGCGUGA